AGCUGAGAAAUAGACAAAGAGGAAAGAGGGAGAGAAAGAAACUAAAGAAAUCAUCUCUAUGAGAUUGUGACCUGUUUAACAGUGAGAUGUGGAGGUGCAGUUGUCUCUGUGUACUUUUUGGUGUAGGAGUUUUCACCACUACACAUACCAGCUCUGCCCAGGAGGAAGAGAAUCUGGCAUUAGGAGGACAGACUGUACAGUCAUCCACAGGGGGUAAUGGUGAAGCAGCAAAAGCCAUUGACACUUCACCCUCAACCUGCACCCAUACUGUACCCACAACUGAUAACCCCUGGUGGAGAGUGGAUCUUCUGGAUUCUUACUACAUCUCUAGAGUUUUCAUCACUAACAGACCAGACUGCUGUGGGGAUCGACUUGAGGGAGCAGAAAUUCGUAUCGGAAACUCUUUAGAGAACAAUGGCAACGAUAAUCCCAGAUGUGCUGUGCUUUAUGGUGUGGCAACAGGUCAGUCCAUAUCUGUAUCCUGUGGUGACAUGAAUGGACGAUACGUGAACUUUAUUAUACCUGGAAGUUCGAAAAUUCUCACCCUUUGUGAUGUACAGGUGUAUAGUACAAAAGUCAGAAAAGGGGUUAUGAAGAUAAAAUUGACCUCCAGUCUCAAUAUGUCAGAUCCAACAGAGAGUAACAAAGUUCUUAAUGAGAUGAAGACCACUGUGAUAUCUAAAGGAUUCUCUGUUUUCACAUUGACCUGGACAAAACUCCCUCAGAAGGUCAAACCGGAGACCAAGCUGGGUCCAUGUACUAAUGCUAAUUUCUGAAUGAACAGACUUUGGAGAAGGAAAGAAAUGCUUUAAAUUUUUUAUUAUUGAGUAAUACAGGCAAAGAUCUCUGUACAUUUUAAUAAAGGGAUAAAGAGAGUUUUUCCUUUAAAGCAGAGUCAAAAGGCACAACAUCACCUAACAGUUAACUUUUACAUUUUCAACAAAGUUUGUCUGUUGUCGCAUCGAUUGUGAUGUUUUUAUUCUGCUAGAUGCAGGACGAUCAAUAUUGAUCCCUGUUGCGAGUGGUAGACUUAAAAAAUUAGGAUACACACUUCAUCCUAUUAAAUUUUGGUUUAAGAGACAUCUCUGCAUUUAUAACAAGUAUGUUUAUAAUUUCAGUGGUCAGUUUUUGCAUAGUAGGUACCUCAGAUGUUUUAUGUGCUUUUACUGCUUUGGGGACACUGGUAUGGAGCAUUUAACACAGCUUAACUUCCUCUAAAUAUCCUGGGAUUUCCUAUAAAAUCAUUACCAUCAAAUAGCAAUUCCAGAAAUCUUCAAACCAUUUAAGAUCAAACCUCCCAUUACCUAAUGUAGACCACUCUCAAUUUGUUUGUCCAUCCAGUAGUUUUUCUAACUUCCAACCAGUUUCCUCAACAAAAUUACUCAAAAUAAUUUCCCAGGUGAAAUUUGCAUUCUGUCAAUCAGAUGUUCUGCCUGGUUGUCUGUUUAGAGAGGUUUUAGAUACAAUUGGCCCCACCCUCUUAACUAUAAUAAACAGCUACUUGAUAGUUGACAGUUUUAAACAUGCUACCAUACAGCCUCAAUUAAAAGGACCAAACCUUGAUCCUACUGUGCAUAACACCUACAGGCCUAUUUCUAAACUUUGUUUCAUUUCAAAGGUUUUGGAAAAAGUUGCACUUUUACAGUUUGCUCAGUACUUGGAUUCUUUUAAUAUUCUAGAUCCAUUUUGGUCCGGCUGUAGAGCGGUGCAUAGCACUGAAUCAGCAUUGCUGAAAGUCACAAAUGACAUCUUCUGCAAUCCUGAUUCUUUUAGAUCUGAGUGCCGCAUUUGACACUAUAGAUCACGACAUUCUUUUGAAAUGCCUCCGGUGUGUUGUUGGAGUCCAUGGCUUGGCUUUACAGUGGUUCACCUCAUACUUAAAGUGGAUAACUUUUUCUGUAAAUAUUGGGGCCUUCACAUCACCCCCUAUGCCUAUUCAUUGUGGUGUUCCACAGGGUUCCAUCUUUGGCCCUCUACUAUUCUCCCUUUACAUGCUUUCCUUAGGCUCAAUAUUCAGAAAUAUAAUGUAAAUUAUCACUGUUACACUGACGACCUUUAGCUAUAUUUUCCACUUAAACUAGGCAAUGACUCUUCAUUAGACCGUCUGUUUUCAUGUUUAAAUGAAGUCAGGUCCUGGAAGACAAACAACUCACUGCAGCUAAAUGAAAAUAAAACCGAAGUGCUUCUUCUGAGUCCUGCUGCUACCGACAACUUGGUUAAAACGCAAUUAGGUUCUUUAAGUAAAAACCUGCAUAAUCACGCAAAAAAUCUUAGUGUUUAUUUUGACCCUCAUCUCCAAUUUCACAAGCACAUAAAUACAGUUGUAAAGAGUAGCUUUUUCCAACUUAGAUCUGUGGCAAAAGUAAAACGCUUUCUUUCUAGUAAAGACCUUGAAAUUGUGAUCCAUGCACUAAUUUCUUCUCGAUUGGACUACUGCAAUUCUCUUUAUGUUGGUCUACCACAAUCCACAUUGUCUCGGUUGCAGAUGGUUAAAAACUUGGCAGCCAGAUCGCUGACAGGAACUAGAAAAAGUGACCAUAUCUCCCCAUCCUUGCACUGGCUACCCAUAAAAUUCAGAGUCGAUUUUAAGGUUCUUCUAUUAACAUACAAAGCAUUGCACAACAUGGCCCCGGAUUACAUUUCUGAUCUUAUUAAACCAUACACAGCUGUCAGAUCAUUAAGAGAUCUUGUGAUCAGUCACUUUUAUCUGUCCCUCGAUCUCGCUGCAAAUCAAAAGGUGACAGGGCUUUUUCUGUAGCCGCCUCAAAGCUUUGGAACAGUUUACCUUUGGAUAUUAGGACUAGUUUAAAGACUUACUUUUACACCUUAGCAUUCGAAUGAUGUGUGUGUAUGUAUGUAUAUGUAGUUGUGUAGGGGUGCGGGGCAGGGUGUAUAUGUAUGUAUGUGUGUGUAUAUGUGUACCUAAUUGUGUGCAUGUACAGAUCUCUUUAUGUACAUGUGUACACUAUCUCUUUAUAAUUGGCACUUCCCACUAUGUAUAUACAACUUUGUCUGAUUGUUUUGAUAUUUGAUUUUAUCCUCAUUCUUGUUUUCUUUUCCUUUCUAUUUCUUUUAUUUUUAACUGUUUAACACUUUGGAUCAACUACAGUUGUGUUAAAUCGUUGCUAUAUAA